GCCCUUUGACCUUCAAUCAUGGCCGCCGCGGGCUAAAAAGUAAAAAACACGAAACGAUCCUUCAAAGUUUGUAUGUUUUUGGCGAUCAGAUUCAUUUUUGCGGGGUAUCAACUACCCCAAGAAGUGCACAAGUGUUUUUGGACGGAACGUCAGUGAGGAAAAGCUUUUGAUUUUGUAAGGUGGAGCCCCAGGAGUGAGUAGUAGAGGAUGUUCAGUGAGCUUCAAGAGUUGGAGGAGGAGGAGAGGGUGCUGCAGUCCAUACAGACCACACUACAAGAUCAGCUCAACAGACUCAAGGUUGAGGAGCUGGCCCUGAAGAGCAUGAUAGCAGAGAAGCACGGAGUGGGGGAGAGUUUUGAAGAGAGGAGAAGUCAGGAGCUGAAGAAGCUGCUGUCUGUCAAUGAAAUGGAAGAAGAGGACUUCGAGGAGUCAAACAUUAACGAGACCCCUCUACAACUGGACCUAUCCCAGGGUGCUUUUCUCCAGCAACCAACCAAAGUGGAGGAAUUUGAGGAAGAAGAAGAUGAAGAAGAAGAUGAUGAUGAGGAACUGUAUGAAGAUGGCAUGAACAGGGACCUCAUGUUACUCAUGGACCAAGUCUGUAAAGGUCCAGAGGAUAUGGAAGAGGAGGACAGUUCUUGAUCAUUGUUUCCUUACAAUAUUAAAGGCAACCUAAGCAAUAUUACAGACUGAGUUAAAAGUGGAAUUAUUCUGGAUAAGAUCUAGAAUGAUACAAAGGAUGAAAGCAUUGGUGUUUUUCCCAGAUAUCGCUACUAAAGACCGGCCUAAAAGUAAAACCAAACAAAAACGCGAAACUUUUGUUUUUUGAAUGUAGUACCAGACAGCUUGGUAAAAAGGCUGCUAGUUUCAAGAAUACAGAAGAUAAUAGUUGUUGACAUUGUUAAAGAAGACAUCUAUUUCUGUUUAAGAAGAGUGAAGCUAAAACUUUGUGUUUAUACAAAGCUGUAUCAAGAGACCAGGGCAAUGUGUUAUGCCAAAUAUGUUGUUCCUAUAAAAAAUAUCAUCAUGUUGUAUUAAAAUAUUUUUUUAGUUAUAAUAUCCUUUUUGAAAACGUCAAGUGAAGCUUCAAGAUAAUUUUCGAAGCUAGGAUAUAGGAGAAUUCUUUAUACACAACCAGUAAUGUACUUAGCCACGUUUGGGACUGUUUUUUCAAAAUGAAAGCCCCACCUAAUUAGCUACAAAUAGCAGCAAGAAGCAGAACUCCAGGUAGAAGCUCUGAGGAAGGUGUCUGAUAGACAUUGAAACGUAGGCAAAGUCAGUUAGUAGGAUUUUUCAUCAAUCAGUGACUAGUUUUGACAGGUAAACGCUAGAGCUGUGUACCUAAACAAAUUUC